CACUUCCCCUCUUCCCUCCCUUCUCCUCCCUCUCCACCCCUCUCUUGGACCCCCUGUGAUUCAAGGAAGAAAUAAAGGUCCCCUCUCCAGCAAAGUCUCCUGAAGUCUAGUGCACAGAUCUGCGAUGAUGCAUCUGUAGAAUCAGCCUCAAGCAGGCAAGGUAGUGAAACCAGGCCAAAGUUCACAGGGAAAAAGAGGCCGAUGGAGAACAACCAACUAAGUUAUUAAGAUUUUCAACACUUUGGGACAGGUGCGGAGACACUUCUUAAAGGAUUGAGGAGAUGGCCGCGCAGGGAGAACCUCCGGUCCAAUUCAAGCUUGUCCUCGUGGGUGAUGGUGGUACAGGGAAGACAACGUUUGUAAAACGCCACUUGACUGGUGAAUUUGAAAAGAAGUAUGUGGCCACCCUUGGUGUGGAGGUACACCCCCUGAUGUUCCACACCAGCAGAGGGCCCAUCAAGUUCAACGUCUGGGACACCGCUGGUCAGGAGAAGUUUGGAGGCCUGCGAGACGGCUAUUACAUCCAAGCCCAAGGUGCCAUUAUAAUGUUUGACGUAACAUCAAGAGUAACUUACAAGAAUGUGCCCAACUGGCAUCGAGAUCUGGUGCGGGUGUGUGAAAACAUUCCCAUUGUGCUGUGCGGCAACAAAGUGGAUGUGAAGGACAGGAAAGUGAAGGCGAAGUCUAUUGUCUUCCACCGCAAGAAGAACCUUCAGUACUAUGACAUUUCAGCUAAAAGCAACUACAACUUUGAGAAGCCCUUCCUCUGGCUCUCCAAAAGACUCACUGGGGACCCUAACUUGGAGUUUGUGGCCAUGCCAGCCCUUGCCCCACCUGAGGUGGUCAUGGACCCAGCGUUAGCCGUGCAAUACGAGCGUGACUUGGAGGUGGCACAGACCACUGCCCUCCCAGAUGAGGAGGACGACCUGUAAGAAAGUGAAGCUCUGAAGCUAUCAGAAGCCUAGAUGUGCAGGCAACUGACCUGUGGUGUCAGCAGGAUGGCCUGUGUGUCUCCUUGCUACUUAGUUAAGCAGACUCGUGCUCCAUGUCUGAGAUACUGGAGGAAAAGGUUUUUAGGGUGAAUGUGGCAGUUACAAAACACACCUUCAGUUUGGAACUGGAAGACUUAGCUGUCUGGGGUGCAGUUGUUUCUUCAAAAAUAAGAGUGCUGCAAAGUUACAUCCCGUAUUCUGUGGCGAACUCUUGUUUCUGUAAUUUUAUUCCUUUCAUUUAGAAUAAAGUUGCAUUUCAAACUCCAAAA